AUGGCUAUCGCAUCUGGCUCUCUAGCUGCUCGAGAAGUAUCCGUUGCUUCCACAUCCAACGAUACCCCAAAGACGAAUGGACUUGAUUCGAAAACACUGGCAGCGCUUGAAAAAAUAGACACCUCGAGGACAUCUGAACAGGAUUAUACGGAUCGCGUUGACCAUACAGCAGAGUUCAAUGGCGAUGUGAACACGAAUGACGAGAUCCCUACGCAAGAAACCUUGGCCCGACUCGAGAAGUUGGUGGUGCUGGACAAAGACGGCAUAACAAUCCCAUUCAGAGAUCUAUACAAUGGCCCGAAUGUGGCGAGGAGGGUAUUGAUAAUAUUCAUACGGCAUUUCUUCUGCGGCAACUGUCAAGAAUACAUGCGCGCCAUCGCCUCCUCCAUCACGCCCUCCGACCUCCUGCACCUCCCCACCCCAACCUUCAUCGCAGUCGUCGGCUGCGGCUCCCCCGCCCUAAUCUCCAUGUACCAAGAAGCCACAUCCUGCCCCUUCCCCAUCUACGCGGACCCGACGAAGAAAACCUACGAGGAGCUCGGCAUGCUGCGCACCCUCAACCUAGGCACGCACCCCGAAUACAUGCGCAGAUCCCUCAUGAGCGCCAUGGUGACUAGCUUCGUGCAGAGCCUCAAGCAGAUCAAGGGCGGCAAGGCGUUCCAGGGAGGCGGUUACCAUCAAGUCGGCGGGGAAUUCCUCUUCGAGCCCGUGAACAUGGUGACGCCCAUCUGCAGCCCCGAUGUCAGCAGUGCGGACAACGAGCGCAAGAUGCUUGGGGAGGGGAUAGGAGGAAGUGGGUAUUUGGGUAGCGGUGUUGGAGAGGAGAAGAGGGUUACAUGGUGUCACCGCAUGCGCAAUACGCGAGAUCAUGCCGAGAUCCCCGAGUUGCGAGAGGUGCUGGGCCUAGAUGGCUGUGGGGUGCCGGGGAGGAACAAGCGGCGGUGGACGCUCGCGCUGGGGAAGAGGAAGGGCACGGGGUUGACGGAGACGGAGAGGUCGAGUGUGAGUAUGAGUCUGAGUCGGAAUGGUGGGGGGAGUACGAGGCAGAGCAGUGAGCUGCUGAUGAAUAGUUCCAAUAUGGUGCGAUCUGAUGCUUGA